CGCGUCCCCCGGCGCUCCUUCGGUGCGCGUCGUCAGUCUUCGGCUUGCGGUGAGGCCGGCUCGCGCGGCCCUCUAUUUUUCCGAGUCCCCCGCCCGGCGUCUUGCCGUCCGCGCCCAACAAGUGGUGUAGACGCCGCGAGAGCUCACACGGCGUCUCGCGCCCGCACUUCGCACAACUUUUCGAGCGCUCCGGGAACACGCGACCUUUCGCCGCGAGUUUUGAAUUAGAUCGCGUGUUUUGAAACUUUUGCAAGAGUGUUUAGAGACUAUAGUGGCGUGUCAAAGGACUACGGUGGCGUGUCGACAAUCGGUGCGUUGUUCGUUGAGGGUAGACUGAAGUCGAUGCACCUCCCGCACGCGAGCCCUCCGGCCCCGAGUAUGGCUGACGUUUACUCGCACAUCCAUGAGUACUACCGGCAGAGCCACGGCGAGCUGGUUCAGACCGGCUCCCCGGCGGUGCUGUGCUCCGUGCUGCCGGGACACUGGAGGUCCAACAAGUCGCUGCCCGUGGCUUUCAAAGUGGUGGCUUUGGAUGACGUGCAAGACGGAACUCUGGUCACGAUCAAGGCUGGGAACGAUGAGAACGUGAUGGCGGAGCUGAGGAACUGUACUGCUGUGAUGAAGAACCAAGUGGCAAAGUUCAAUGACCUGAGGUUCGUGGGUCGCAGUGGACGCGGCAAGUCCUUCACGCUCACCAUCACCAUCAGCACAUUCCCAAGCCAAGUCGCGACCUACUCCAAAGCGAUAAAGGUCACUGUAGAUGGACCAAGAGAACCAAGAACUAAGCAAAAUUACGGGUAUGGUCAUCCAGGAGCCUUCAGUCCGUUCCUUCUAAAUCCCGGCUGGUUGGACGCGGCAUACCUCAACUACGCUUGGGCGGACUACUUCAGGCCGCCGCAGAUGAGAGACCAGGCGUCACUUGUUAAAGGUGGAGCGACGCCUAUAACUACACCGCCGGUGACGAUACCAGGAGCAGAACUGUUCCCAUUUCCACCGGCGAUGGCAAAUCUUCCACCGGCUGGACUUAUCCCUCCACCUGGAGCAUUUUUACCACCGAAUGGACUAUUGCCUUUCGGUCCGCAUCCAGCCGACCUAGCAUUAAAAUCUUUACCUCCAGAAUUAUCUUUGAAGAAUGGAAUGAACCCUUACGACGCUUUAAGACACUUACAAAGCAACGUUUCUUCAAUGGACACUUCGAGCGCGAGACUAUCGCCGACGAGCAGCAGACAAAGCGGCAGUCCAAGAAGUAUCGCGAACGCGAGUCCAGACAGAUCGAAAGCAGAUUCCAAAUCGGAAGCGAACUCGAUGCACGAAGCGACUAUCUCCGAUGAGUCUGACGAGGAGCCUAUAGAAGUGGUGAAGUCUGCAUUCCACCCGACGAGACCGGCGAACGUGGAGUUACAAGAGAUGAAACGUGUCCAAGCGGCGGACUCGACCGUGGCCGACCGACCCCGUAUUCGCAACGAAUUAAAAGCGCCGUCGCAGCGAACUACCAGAGUGUUGUCAACAAGCCCCACGUCAACCAAAAUUGCGAACGGUACGAUAUCAACUCAUAAAUCAGUGUGGCGGCCAUAUUGACAUUAACUGUGCCAGUGUUCGUAGUUUAGUAGCAGCACCUGAACGGGUGCGUUGACAUGUGAUAAUACAAUGAGCUUGUAAAUACUAUAGGUAUAAUUGAGAUACAUUUUAAAAGAUAUUUAUUGUUAGAGUUAUGUAGACAUUAAUAGCUGACGUAGAUUAUAGUGCAGCGUAUUGUAAAUGUUGAAUUUGUUAUUUUAUUGCAUACGUGUUCGCGCUUGAUGAUAUAAAUAUGUUUAUAUGUAGCAUUAAAACGCUCUUGUUCGAUUAUAAAUGUAAAAAGUAUAAAUGAAAUAUAAGUUCACGAAAAACGACUGAUUAAUUUAAACAGCUAAGUGAA